AUGAAGUCGGCUGGCAUCGUGCUCCUGGUGGCCCUGCUCUCGCUGUGGGCCGAGCUGCCUGCUGCGUCUGGGGGAGACAGGUCGACCACGGCGCCUGCUAAGGCUGGUUUCUGCUACAAGGUGGCCCCGGUGGGGGGCGUGUUUGAUGGGAAGAACUGUACUGCCUGCCUGGAGAACAACUCCUGCUCCACCUGCUGCACCGACGCCGACUGCCCCGGCCAUGCCAAGUGCUGCCCGGACGAGUGUGGCUACACCUGCCAGAUGCCAGUGACAGAUCUCUGCCACCUGCCGUCGGUGUGCGGCUAUUGCAAAGCCAGGUUCCCGCGCUUCUUCUACAACUGGUCCAGCCAGGCCUGCGAGGAGUUUGUGUAUGGCGGCUGCGGCGGCAACAGGAACAACUUUGAGACGGAGGAGGAAUGUCUGCAGGCCUGCAGGCAGCCUGGCACUGCCUAG